AGCUUCUUUUAUCAAAAACUGCACACUAUCUUGGUGUUUUUUUUUUCUAGCUUCCCUCCAUUUUCAUCCAUAAGAAAACCAAUUAUUGAUGAUAAUAAUCUCCAACUUUGAAUGAGUUUUUUCAAUCUAUAAGACGAAAAUGAUAAAGUUGCUUUCUUGGUAAUUACAUGUUGGACACCUGGUAGUUUUGAUGCACAGGAUUGUUUAUGAAUUCUUUGGUUGCUGAAUUUGCAAGUUUUUUAUGUUAGUUGCUGAAUCUGGAGUUUAGUUGAAUUUGAGUUCUCUUACAGUUGUUUGCGAAGCUUGAAAUUUUAGAAGAGUAGGUGUUCAGUUUGGUGAAUUUAAGUGGUUUUGGAGUUCAUCAUUUGAAAUGGAUAGUAGUGGGCUUAAUGGAAAUCAGAGUACAAGGGAUUCAGAAGUACCGAACAAUGCUGAUGAACGGUGUGAUGCUACCUUUUCCGAUGAAUUAGAUGGCUGGAGAACAAGUUCUUCAUCACUUAAGGACAUUAGGUCUUCAGAUGAGCAUACUGAUGAGUGUUUGACUCCAGAAAUGAAAUACGAGAGCACACAUCGGAGUUCUAGUCCUCCGCCUCAAGCUCGGAGAGGUUUGGAGCACUGCAUUACUGCACCUGUGACUAUUGGCGGAGGUCUUUUCCCUGAAGGCCAGGAUAUGGCAUUUUCAAGAUCUUUGACUGAGAGGAGGGUUAGUCCAAGACAUAAUGUAAUAUUGGAUAGACUUUCUGAACGUGGAAAGCAAAAGCUCAUCGCAGAGCUGGUAAAGAUCCAAGGGGAUGGAACAGUAGAGGUUGACCUUACUAAGAGUACGCCUGAAACUUCUGAAUUGUUGGAGCUGCGAUCUGUUGAAGAACCCACUCUUACUGUAGACAGGAUUAUCACAGAUUUUAAUAAGUCAGUUCCAAAGUUGAAAAUCGUGGUGCUUAUUGUUGGAACCAGGGGAGAUGUUCAACCAUUUUUGGCUAUGGCCAAGAGACUUCAGGCGUUUGGUCAUCAUGUCAGGCUGGCAACUCAUUCUAACUUCCGUGAUUUUGUCAAAUCAGGAGGCAUAGACUACUACCCAUUGGGUGGUGAUCCUCGGGUAUUGGCAGGAUAUAUGGCCAGGAACAAAGGUCUCAUUCCUUCUGGACCAGGAGAGAUAUCUGUACAACGAAAGCAGCUAAAGGCUAUAAUUGAAUCUCUUCUUCCGGCUUGCACUGAGCCAGAUAUUGAAACUGGUGAACCUUUCAGAGCACAAGCGAUUAUUGCAAAUCCUCCUGCUUAUGGACAUGCACACGUUGCUGAAGCUCUUGGGGUACCCCUCCACAUCUUCUUCACAAUGCCCUGGACGCCAACUUCUGAAUUUCCUCACCCGAUGGCUCGUGUACCUCAACCUGCUGCGUAUUGGCUUUCCUACAUACUCGUGGAUUUACUUGUCUGGUGGGGCAUAAGAGGCUACAUCAACGAUUUUAGGAAAAAGAAGUUAAACCUUCCUCCUAUCGCCUACUUCAGUACAUACCACGGAUCAAUUUCUCACUUCCCAACUGGCUACAUGUGGAGUCCACAUGUUGUGCCAAAGCCUAAAGAUUGGGGCUCUUUGGUUGAUAUUGUUGGCUAUUGUUUCUUAAACCUUGGGAGAAACUACCAACCUCCUGAAGAAUUUAUCAAGUGGAUCCAAAAUGGGCCUAAACCUGUAUAUAUUGGGUUUGGGAGCAUGCCUCUUGAAGAUACCAUUAAAACUACAGAUAUAAUUUUGGAGGCACUAAGGAAUACUGGGCAGAGGGGAAUUCUUGACCGAGGUUGGGGAGAUCUUGGUACUUUUCAAGAGAUUCCUGAAGAUGUUUUUCUUGUUGCGGAGUACCCUCAUGAUUGGCUUUUUCCUCAAUGCGCAGCUGUUGUUCAUCACGGUGGUGCUGGAACCACAGCUGCGGGACUGCGUGCUGGGUGUCCAACAACUAUAGUACCAUUCUUCGGUGAUCAAUUCUUCUGGGGCGAUAGAAUUCAUGAAAAGGGACUGGGACCUGCUCCAAUUCCUAUUGACAAGCUUAGUGUAGAAGGACUCUCUGAUGCUAUAACAUUUAUGCUUCAGCCUGAUGUGAAAUCCCGAGUAAUGGAACUAGCUGUAUUAUUAGAGAACGAAGAUGGUGUUGCAGGUGCAGUUGAUGCUUUCCAUCGGCAUUUGCCUUCAGAAAUGCCAUUGCCAACCCCAACCCCGGCUUAUGAGGAUAUCGAUGGUCCAAAUCCGUUACAAUGGCUUUUCACAAGGAUUGGAAGAAUCUGUUGCCUGCCUUGUGGUUCUUGGCUCUGAAACUGCAUUUAUAGAGUUGCAUAGUUGUGUUAUUUCAUAUUUUUUUUUGAUUAAUUGGUUGUAUUGGUUCAUCACAUCAUUCUUUCUUCUUGGCUUGUAAAAUAAGUUACAUGGCAAAACUUUAUAGACAUAUUUAUUGCUAUUAUUUUCAUAGUGAUUUUGUAACAACACCAAGCUCUUGUUCAUUUUAGUGUUCAAUGAUCGCUUUGCAGAGACAGAGGUGAUUA